CGUAGCGGAAAGAGCUGCCUUCACCGUGACAGGAGCGGAGCAGGGACGGGACAUGGAGUAUGAGGCCAAGAAGGGAAAGAAGGGGUUUGUGUCUCCCAUCAAGCGGCUGGUUUUCCCCAAGGCGGCUCGCAGGCAGGUGCUCCGGACCAGUGUCUACCGGAGGCCUCUGCAUUCGGUCCCUCUCUACCCCCCAGAUUAUCUCAUCGAUCCCCAAAUACUGCUGCAUGACUAUGUGGAGAAGGAGGUGAAGUUUUUAGGCCACCUGACCUGGGUGACAUCCUCCUUGAACCCCUCCAGUCGGGAUGAGCUGCUGCAGCUCCUGGACACAGCCCGGCAGCUGAAGGAACUGCCGCUCCAGACAAACCCGGAGCAGGACAGCAUCCUGAGCCUGUCAGCCCGCUGCCUCCUCCUCACCUGGAGAGACAAUGAGGAGCUCAUCCUGAGGAUCCCCACCCAUGAGAUUGCAGCUGCCUCCUACCUGCGGGAUGAUGCCCUGCACCUCCUGGUGCUGAAAACAGGCCUGGGAGUUGACCCCGUUCCUGCAGGGGGAAACCUGGACAUGUGCCCCGGGGGCAGCCUGGAGAAAAAGCUCCCUGGAGGGGCAGCUGAGAAGAGGCAGGCAGGGAUCUGCCUGGAGCCCAAGCAGCUGGGGGGCACCAUGGAGCGCCGGCACACCAUCUGCAGCCUGGACUGGAAGAUGGCCCGGGGCGGGCAGGAGGGCAGACAGGGCGGGGGAGGGAGCCUGGAGAGGAAGCAGGCCAGUGGCAGCUGGGAGAAGAGGCACAGCAGCCGGACGGGAGGGAGCUGGGAGCGGAGACAGACCUACAGUGGCAGCUGGGAGCGGAGGCAGCUGGGGAAGGCUGGAGGCAGCUGGGAGCGGGGUAAGACCUAUGGCAGCUGGGAGCGGAGGCACACAGGGAAUAACCCACUGGAUCCCAAGGAGCCCAGCCCUGAGGCGUAUUGCAACCUCAUCAUCCUGGCCGUGGCCAACAGGGAUGCAGCUGAAGAAUCCUGUGCUCUCAUCUGCCAGGUCUUCCAGAUCAUCUAUGGGGACCAGAGCAUCGAGUGCGUAGACCGGGCUGGCUUCCACUACACCUCCACCCCCGGGCGCCCCUGGCUCUCCAGCAGGAGUGAGAGCUGCCGCACUGAUGGGACGUAUGGAUACGAUGCGGAUUUCAGCUGCUGCAGCUCAUUCAAUGGCUCCCACGAGACCUUUGAAGCAUAUUACAGUGGGACUUCUUCCCCUUCCUUUCGGGAGUCGCGUGACAGCCUGGCCAGUGACCGGAGCAGCGCGGGACUGGAGCAGCUGCAGGACUAUAUGAUCACACUGAGGAACAAGCUUUCCCCCCUGGAGAUCCAGCAGUUUGCGUUGCUGCUCAGGGAGUACCGGAUGGGAAGGUCCGUCCAGGAAUACUGUUCUGAUCUCUUGCAGCUCUAUGGGGACAAGAGGAAGUUUCUCCUUCUGGGAAUGCGGCCCUUCAUCCCAGAUCAGGACAUCGGCUACUUCGAGAGCUUCCUGGAGAGCAUCGGCAUCCGGGAAGGGGGGAUCCUGACCGACAGCUUCGGGAGGAUAAAGCGCAGCAUGAGCAACACCUCCGCCUCCGCUGUUCGCAGCUACGAUAGCUGGUCCCUCCGCUCUGAGUCGGAGUCCUUCAACCGCAUGAUUACGGACAUCACCCACGACAUCGAGGCCCUGGCUUGUGAGGAGGAGGAGGAGGAGGAGGAGGAAGACAACUAUCUGUGAGGGACUCCCACCUCCUCCCGCAAAGGGCGCUUGGUGAUUCACUCUGUGGCCAGGAGACUCCUUGAGUUCCUGAAACCUCUUGGCUGAAUUCAAAUGGUGCCAGCCCCACUCCAUUCCAGCUGAGCUGGGGCUGGCGCUAGCCUGCUGGCUUUUAACCCUCACUGCUCCAAGCGCUGCCUCCUCAUCUCCUCAGUGGUCUUGGACUCUGCUGUGGGGGAGAUUGAGCUGUUGCUACUCGCUGGGCCUUGGCCUCACACACCCCAGUGAGGCUUUGUCUGCACCUUGCCACCAGCUGGAAUGGCUUGGAUAGUAGCACCACUAACAGUGGGAGGGGAUUGAGACCUGCCUUACCUGCCGGUGGAUUUCUGGAGCAGCAAUUUACCGUUCAACGUUUGGGAUCAAAUUCUUCUCUCAGUGAGGCCAGUCCCCCCCCCAACAAGUCUGGGGAGGCUCCACGGGACAACUGCGGACAGAGCUUUGUGUAAGGGGCCUGAUUAUUAAUGCUCAUCCCAGCAGGAAGAGGGUAGUCACUGCCCUCCACACGCUCUAGCGACUGUCAUCAGCGUUCAUGGGAUUCCCUCGUCGGCACCCAGGGGAGCAGAGACCCCGUGGGCCAGGCGCGGGCGUGUGUUCUGAGUAAUUAGGAACAGAAUUAAACUCCGGGGCUGGCGCUUGUUGUGUGUCAUUGCACAAGGUGCAGUCACGCUAGGCCGUCAGGGGACUCCGCUGGGAAGGGAAUGGCUGAGUCCCAAGCUGGGUGUGCAAGGGUGAGGUAGCAAGCCAGGGCUCCAUGGUGACACCCUGGGAGGGAUCCAGUUUCCCCAGGGUCUGAGCACUGUGCAGAGCACGGAUGUAACAGGCCAAAUCCGACACGCAGCGGGCUGUAAUUAACAUGCUCCUGCUCAGCCCCUGGUGUGAGGGGAUGUGAUGCUCCUGAGAUCGGGGUUUCUCCCAGCUACACUAGGGCUGAGCUGACCCCUGGAAUCUCUAAUGACUGAGCUCCAGCCCUGCUCAGUGCCAUGGGUGAGGGCUGCCCCACAGAGAUGUCUUCAGAGGAGGGAGGGGUUUAAAGGAGAACCUUAGAAAGGUGAUUGACCAGUUAAUGAGCGCCCAGGAUGGCCCACGUGGAGCCCAGCUCUGAGUGCUGAGGACAGCUGGGAUUUGUGCUUCUGAUCUCAAACAGCAGCCACCUGACGGGAAUGCUCCACUGCUGGCCAAGGAGAGGGUCGGGGAGUGUCGAGGAAUAAAGAGUGGAUCUGUCAUGGGGGUCUGGGGACUCCUUCCCCACCCCUGCUCUGCUGGGAUCUGCACAGCCUGACCUGACAGAAUGAAACCCGCUGAGAGCCAGCCCUGGCCCCGAGGGGGCGGGAGAGCAGAGCAUUUGCUCCGUGCGGAGCAGCAAGGGGCAGUUUUUGAACAGUGGUCAGUGUGAGAUGCUGCAGGACAGGAGAUGGGAGAGCAGCGUAUCCUGGCAUGGACCAUGGCCAUUCCCUUGCACUC